AUGGCGCACGCUACACCGCCGAGCGCGCUGGAGCAGGGCGGCCCCAUCCGCGUGGAGCACGACCGCCAACGCCGCCAGUUCUCCGUGCGCCUCAACGGAUGUCAUGACCGGGCUGUCCUGCUCUAUGAGUAUGUGGGCAAGCGGAUCGUGGACCUGCAACACACAGAGGUCCCAGAUGCUUACCGUGGGCGUGGCAUUGCCAAGCACCUGGCCAAGGCCGCCCUGGACUUCGUGGUGGAGGAAGACCUGAGGGCCCACCUCACCUGCUGGUACAUCCAGAAGUAUGUAAAGGAGAACCCCCUGCCACAGUACCUGGAGCGCCUACAGCCAUGACCCUGGCCACUGUGUGCAGGAGUGCACCCUGUGGGCCUUCUGUGUGGGCCUCAGCCAGCGCAUGUGCUCUCAAGAGCCUGUUCCCAUGGGGACGGGCUCAGAGUUAUUUUUGCAAGGACAGUCGUCUGCAGCCUUCAUCCAGGAUUAUGGGGACCAGCUGCUGGCUGUGGAUGUGUGAAAAUCCAGAGUGGGAUGAAGGGCAGGCCAAGUGGCCAAGCCCCCUUCCCACAGAGAUCCUCCAGCCCUGCUGAGGUCCUCCUCCUACCAGCUGCACAUCCCCUCUGGCCUGGCUCCUGGGUCCCUGCUCUGAUCAACAAGAGGGUGACAUAGAGUCCCUGUCACCACCUCCCGGUGUUGUGUCCUUCCUGCAAAUGAGGAGGGUGUUCCUGGAGCCAAGAAGAACAACAGGAACCCCGUGUGCCAGCGUCCCAAGGUGGAGGUGCCAAGCCUUAGCCACUGCCAGUGCUAAGCCUUUCUCUGUCUCAGACUCCGUGCCAUGGCACAGGCAGCAGGACGGCGGCAGGGGCAGCCACUCCUGGCGUGUGAGAGCAGCGGAUUCAGCUCUGGCUCAGGCCCAUCUGUGAGUGUGCACACCAGCACAUGAGCACAAGAGAGAGGGCAGGUGAUAGGGGACACCCUCCUCUCCUUGGUACCCACACUGUUUGGCUUCUUAUGUGGUUUCUGGAAGAAAACAAGGUCCCUAUCAGAGGAUCUGCCUUCCCAUGUAUUCACCUGCAGGAGUCAACUCAGAGGCUUAGUGGUGGUCUACUGAGCAGUCCAGUACCCUCAGCCCUCUGGCCUUCAGCUGCACUUCCCAGGGCCUUUCUGGUGGGUCACCUUUGAGAUGGAUGAGAUGGUGGUACACAAAAUCUAUUUUGUAUCUUUUCUUGUACUCCUGGCUUCUGGCCAUCUCCCCACUACUACUUAGGCUGCUCCAGACACCUGUGCACAGACACCUCCCCACUCUGCAGGAGUACUGAGAUCUGGACCAGGAAGCCAUGCAUCCUAGCUGGGAGGUCUUACGCUCAGAACCUUUGGGCCUCACUCACCACUGCAGUCAUGGGCAUGGACCCUUAUGGUCUCCACCUCUCCCUACCUCCUGCACCUCUGGCUCUUACCCUGUUCUUGAUGCUCCUUUCCAGCCUCCUAGAGUUGCAGAAAAACCCAGCAUACUACUCACUACUGCCUCCCUCCUCUGCCACUCCAUUCUGUCUGACAGGGACUCUUCAGGGUCCAGAGAAACCCCUGGGCCUCUAGGGAGACAUUCCUGACUGCUCUGACAGCUGUGGUGGCAGUGUGUCCACAAUACAGUACUUGAAUGACCCAAGAAGAGUGGCUGGGCUUCCUCCGUGGGCUUGUCUCAAGUUCCUGCAGUGUAGCCUGAGCAUUCCUCACUGCCUUGGCAGCCUUAAAGUCCCACUGACCGUGCCCCGGAGGCUUCACAGCCUUUCGGUGUAGCAAUAACUAUAUCUCUGCCUCUUCCUCCUGGCCAAUACUGCCCAACUGGGCCCCUCUGGUGCUAUCCCAUCUGCCUCCCCUGCUCCCCAACACCUGUUCCAUGUUCUGAAUCACUCCAGGAGCCUGUGGUUAGGCACUGGCCACUCUAGACUUCAUGUUCCUUCAGUAGGUCUGUGCUGUGCUCAGAUCUCACCCUAGGGUUUCUUUUCCUUGCCCAGUCUACACAGGCAGUAACUCAUGUGCCUUUCCUACUCUGAACCUGCCACCAGUAGUAUCUGGGCCAAGGCUAGUCUUGGGACCUGCAUUCCCUCACUUUUCUGACUUUUGAACACAUUGCAUGAUCCCAUUCGUCACUGACAAAAGACUAAGGCACAGCAAGGUCAGGGGGCCCCAGAGUGAAGAAAUAGGGCAAGACAGUUUGUGUAGGAAGGGGUCCUCCUUGGUGCCCAACCUAUUUCUUGAUCCUCAGCACUGCCUGCAGAGUGGGACAGCUCCACUUCAGGGGAGCCUAGGCUUCAAAGGCUGCCAUGGCCUGGCAGGUGUCCCAGCUCAACAGUGCCAAUCAGCAUCAGGAUCCCAGCCCAGGUCUGGAGAACUUUGCCAUCUGUAUCCCCACUCCACAGUUACCUGAACCUCAUAGUUUUAUCCUAGAGACCACACUCCUCAUUGCUGGGCCACAGCUUUACAGAGAUUCCUAGAGGAGGUCAUGGUGCCACACUAGCCUCUUGACACGUGGGCUGCUCUUUGCCCUGAAGUUAGUCAUUUGGGGGUUCCUGACAGAGCUAUUGGUAAACACAGGAGCACAGAGAAUCUGCUCAUGCAGCCCCUCUCACACGGGACCUAACCCUCGAGGUAGCUAGUGUAAGAAGUGUAAGGCACAGCAGUCUGAGGCUCUGUGGUCUCACCCCCACCUUCUUAUCAUGCAAUUCCCAAGAGACACCGCUUACUGGGCCUGUCCUGCCAUUGAAGGGACCAGGUCAGAAUAAGAGGGUCACCAACCUGCAACCCAUACACCUAGACAGCACAGCAUCUAAAACCAGUCCCUGACCCUUAGAUAGUUCCCAGUUUAUGUAUUGUGGUCAUACUUUGGGAAACAAAUGACCUCAGUAAUACAUAGAUAAAAUUUCUAGAAAUUCCCUUAUUCCUUUGAAGGGCUGAAAUGGGCUCUAUCUUGAGUUGCAAGGUACAUAGCCAGCAUCUAGAAGUCUGGCUUAUGAACAGGAACACUCCCCUGGAGCACCUGGCCACUCCCCCAUUGUUCCUCAGAUCAGGACUUGGGCUGGUUCGAGUCCUCCCACACGUCCUUUUUCUAGUCUCAGGGUCCUGCGUCCAGCUCAUUGCCCUACGUUUCAUACACAAGAUCCUGUGAGGCUGUGGCUUGAACCUUUAACUGCAGCCUCAGGAUCACAUCUAAGGGUUUCAGCUGUGUCUUAUGGCUUCAAGAUAUUAAAGAUGCUUUUCUGGUUGUCAAA